CUUUUCUGUAUUUUAAAGAAUCAUGGAACUUAUAUGGAUUGUUUUUGUCCUUUUUGACAUCAUUUUCGUGACGGACUGUGCUCGGGGUCCUCCACGUGUUUCGGCGAAGGUAGCCCACCGGCAGGCGGUGCGGAUUGGACGCACCAUGAAGCUCCAGUGUCCUGUCGAAGGUGACCCACCACCCCUCAUCAUGUGGACCAAAGAUGGACGCAACAUCCACAGCGGCUGGAUGCGCUUCAGGGUCCUCCAGAACGCUCUACGCAUCAAAGAGGUGGAGGCUGAUGAUGCCGGUACUUUUAUCUGCAAAGCCACUAAUGGCUUUGGCAGCGUCAACAUCAACUACACCCUCAUUGUAAUCGAUGACUCGAGCUCAGGGAGGGAUGGUGCCGGAGCAGCGGGAGAUGCAGAGUACUCCACUGGCCUGCCGGGAAAACUGGUGCGUCCCCGGUUCACCCAGCCAGCUAAGAUGAGGAAGCGGGUGAUAGCUCGGCCCGUGGGCAGCUCGGUCAGGCUGAAGUGUACGGCCAGCGGGAAUCCCAGGCCCGACAUUGUGUGGCUAAAGGACAGCAGGCCCCUCACGCCUGAGGAAGUUGGCGAGGGCCGCAAGAAGAAGUGGACCCUGAGCCUGAAGAACCUCACCCCAGAGCACAGCGGCAAAUACACCUGCCACGUGUCCAACCGGGCCGGGGAGAUCAACGCCACCUACAAAGUGGAAGUCAUCCAGCGCACAAACUCAAAGCCGAUCUUGACCGGAACCCAUCCUGUGAACACGACAGUAGACUACGGUGGCACCACGUCCUUCCAGUGCAAAGUGCGCAGCGACGUCAAGCCUGUUAUUCAGUGGCUCAAGAGAGUAGAGCCUGGAGAUGAGAACAAGUACAACUCAACUAUCGAGGUGGGAGACCACCACUUUGUUGUGCUGCCCACUGGAGAGGUGUGGUCUCGUCCAGACGGCUCUUACUUGAACAAGCUGCUCAUCACCCGGGCCAAGGAGGAAGACGCCGGCAUGUACAUAUGCCUGGGGGCCAACACCAUGGGCUACAGCUUCCGCAGCGCCUUUCUCACUGUGCUGCCAGACAACAAACCACACUUCCCCCCGAUCCCUGCCGUGUCUUCUCCUGGGCUUCCUUGGCCUGUGAUCAUUGGCAUCCCGGCUGGAGUGGUCUUCAUCCUGGGCACUAUACUGCUGUGGUUCUGCCAGUCUAAAAAGCACUGUUCCUCCGGGGCCAUGGUCUCAGCUCAGGCUCUCCCCAACGGCCACCGACAGCCCCCUAGAGAGCGGCCACUGCCGGGAGCCGACAAGGACUGCAUGGCCUCUAUGACCUAUGAGGAGUACCUGACCCAGCAGCAGCAGCAACAGCAGCUCCUUCUGACCCAGGGUGCCCCCAAAGUCUAUCCAAAGAUCUUCACAGACAUCCACACGCACACCCACUCGCACGUGGACGGGAAAGUUCAUCAGCACCAACACAUCCACUACCAAUGUUAGCCUCAGUCCUCAUGGCCAGUCUGCACUUGGUUCCAUCCCACCACAGUGAUCCCGCCAGUCGUAGUUUCUCUUUGCAACGUUUGGAUCUGCAGAAUAACCGACUUUGAGCCAAAAUAAGCGCUUGGACCAAGCUGUGUCACUCUUACAUGUUUCUGAAGUCACUGCCUGGAGAAAGCACACGUAUAAAACAUUUUGAGCCAAGCUGCUUCCUACUAAACUGUCUUCCAUACUGGAUAUCAGGAUGAUACUACCACAAGGUGGAAAUGAGGCACGGCAAUGGAAUACAAGGACGAAAUAUGAGCCGAGAGUAGAACAGAUAAUGCAAAAACAAAAAAUGAACACAAUUUUUUUUUUCAGUUUUUCAAGUUUGGACGAUCCACAUAUGCACACAGAUAAUGAAAAUGAAUGUACUGUCUCAUUUUCCUCACAAUACAUUGUGAGCAUUGAGCUCUGCCUUUUUUAGCUACACCAACCACCACCUCUCAGUUUAGUCAGCUUCGAUGCUCACUGACCGAAGUUUGUGGAUGGGGCCAAAAAGGAUCAGUUUUACUUAGCACCAAAUUUCAGUGAAAUGUAUUUGUAUUACUGCACGCUAAUCAGAAUUACCUGCUUGUGUAGGUGUUUGCAGGUAUGCAGGAGUUUUCGUUGAGUCUACAUUAUGCCCAAAUUUGAUUUCCCGGGGCAGUCUUUGAAGCUAGAUGAUUGCAUGAGGACCUAUAUGUACAUGUUGUUCUUGCAAAUAUUGCAAGCAUUUUUUUUGGUCUGCUGGAAUUGAUGUCAAUGGGACUGUCAUCUUCGGUACACAAGCUGUCACAUCAGUCAUUUACAAACCUAGCAGCGUAUUUAAGUAUAUCUCUUUUCCACUUAAUGGAAAUAAAGUAAACAGAAGUGCCUACUGUUCAGAUAGUACUGUCACUAAGUUUAUGGGUAACAUACACCGAUCAGGCAUAACAUUAUGCCCACCUUUUAUCAGCUCCACUUACUAUAUAGGUGCAUAUAGAGUGGAUCAGACACAGAGUUGGAGUUUUUAAACACCUCAGUGUCACUGC